GCAACGGCGACGCAACAUCUCUGUGCUCGACGCGCAGCAUGCUGUCGCACAUCUUCUGGUUUCUUUUUGCGUUGCUGAGCUAUGUUGGCGCUCAGCAAACGCUCACGAUCCCGGACCCCGAUAACCCUUUGACAUCUAUAGUGGAAGUGAUUACCGUCACCCAGGAUGCUGAAGGCCUCUUGACGACGGAGACGCUCGAGACAUUGCCUUUAACUAACACUAGGACGAGAACCACAGCUACCACUGAUACCACCACCACCACCCCUACUCUGGCGACCACAACAACGACGACGCCAGUACCGCAGGUUGUCGGCCAACCUGGUCCAUCACCCGCAACUGGAGCCAUUCCUUACCAAUAUACUACCGUCGUUGCCGGUGCUACCCAGGUCAUCCAGGAUACGUACACUCCCACCUUCCCUGUCAUCACUCCUGUUAUCCCGACCUCGACGGGCACUGUCUUGGACUACAGUCAAUGGCUCUCUAUGGUAGGCACGAACACCGUCGCAUCUGAAAAAAUAGCGGGUGCGACGGGCACCUGGAGGCCCUCCGCUCCCUUCUGGGGUGUGGCAGUCGGCGGAUUAGUAUGCUUGUGUAGUAGUGUGCGGCUGCUCGUUUGACCGCCACCUCUGUAUGAUAUGAUCGGACAAUUCAAGCGAGAGAGCUUGUCUGGACAUGAUACUACAUUACGAUGGACUUUGUAUCACCGAAUUAAUGGCCUUAUUGGUUGUCUGUUAUUUGAAUAUGAUCGCUCUUUAAGUGAA